AUGUAUUGGAGUAUAUCAAAUAUUAGAAAUAAUCUUUUUCAUAAAAUUAAUCAUAUUAAAUUUCCUUCAUUAUUAGUAAGUUGUAAUAGGUUUUUAUCAUUUGAUAAAGUGAAUGAAUCAUCAACUGAUCCAAUAAAUGACUAUUUUGGUUUGGAUAAAGUAGCUGAUAAUAUUUACAAGACAAGACGAAUUCGAACUAGAAUUUCAGCUAAUAUAGCUUAUGGUGGGCAAAUAUUUACCAAUGCCAUUUCAGCAGCUGAAGAAACAGUCAGUAAUGGGAUGUUCCCUCAUUCAUGUCAUAAUUACUUUAUCAAAAUGGCCACUGAUUUGUCACCAAUUUAUUUUCAUGUAGAAAAUAUUAGAGAUGGAAAUAGUUUUGCUACAAGAUUUGUUAAAGCAAUGCAAAAUAAUGAUAUUAUCGCAACAACACAAGUUUCAUUUCAUAAACAAGAAUCUACACCUUUUACUCAUCAAGAAAAGAUGCCUGUUGUAACAGAACCUGAGGCAUUGUUAAGUACUCUUGAUUAUGCAGAAUCUGUCAUUGCUAUGGUUGAAUCAGGAAAAAAAAUUAUAGAAAGUAAAUAUAUAAAUAAAUUGUUACAUAUUUUAGUUUCUGAUAGAAGACAUAUCUUUGAAACUCGUCCAGUUGAUCCAGAACAACAUCUUUGUUUAAAAAAAUAUUGUCCACCCUUGAAACAUUUUAUUUGGGUUAAAUCAUUAUUUCCAUUAGGAGAUAAUCCAAAAUAUCAUAGAGCUAUGAUUAACUAUAUAUCUGACUCUAGUUUAGCUCCAUCAGGAUACUUAGGACAUCUAACUGAAGGAUUUAUUCCUUCAAUGGUAGUAUCAUUAGAUCACAAUAUUUACAUUCAUCAUGAUAAAUUUAAUGCUGAGGAUUGGAUGUUAUAUGAAACAUACAGUACCAUAGCAAAUAAUUCAAGAGUCAUGACACAUGGAAAGUUUUGGUCAAGAGAUGGAGUAUUAUUAGCUUCAACAGUUCAAGAAUGCCUGGUACGAGAAGGUAUAAAAUCAAAAAAAUAA